AUGUAUGAGGAAAUCAUAAGGGCAAUAGAAGAUUUUGAUUCCAUAUACUGCAUUGGGAAUGGAGGACACGGAAGCGUCUACAGGGUGAAUUUUUCAUCUGGAGAUGUAGUGGCCGUGAAGAAACUCCAUAUGCUAUGGGAUAGAGAGACAAAAUUUAAGAAGGAGUUCUUGAAUGAAGUAAGGGCACUCAGUGAGAUAAGACAUCGGAAUAUUGUGAAGCUCUAUGGUUUCUGCGCACAUAAACGACACUCAUUUUUGGUGUAUGAGUAUCUUGAAAGAGGUAGCUUGGCCGCAAUGUUGAGGAAAAAUGAAGAAGCUAAAGAGUUGGGGUGGAGUAAAAGAGUGAAUAUUGUUAAAGGCUUAGCUCAUGCCUUAUCUUACAUGCACCAUGAUUGCCUGCCCCCGAUUGUACAUCGUGACAUCUCAAGCAAGAACAUUUUGUUGGAUUCUGAAUAUGAGGCAUGUGUUUCAGACUUUGGCACAGCUAAGUUUUUAAAUCCAGACUCAACUAAUUGGACUACCGCUGCAGGCACGUAUGGCUACAUGGCACCAGAGCUUGCUUACACGAUGGAAGUGAAUGAGAACUGCGAUGUUUAUAGCUUUGGUGUGGUCACAUUGGAAAUAAUUAUGGGAAAGCAUCCUGGAGAUCUUUUCUCGUCUUUGUUAUCAAUCUCUUCAUCCUCCUCCUCCUCAUCAUCAUCCUCAUCAUCAUCUGCAUUAGCAGCCCAUCAAAUACCAAUUGUGGAUGUUUUGGACCAACGCAUUUCCCCUCCUACGCAUCAAGUUGCAAAUGAAGUGGUCUCUCUUGUGAAGAUAGCAUUUUCAUGCUUGAAUUCCAGCCCAAAAUCUCGUCCAACAAUGAAACAAGUUUCUCAUUUCCUCUCAACUCCGAUGCUGCAUUUGUCGAAGCCGAUACAUAUGAUGACAUGUGGUGAAUUGCUUGCUCUUGAUCCUUUGGCUACCUGA